UCCCGUUCGUUGAGCUCAGCCACAGGGAUUGUCAGUUGUUGACAGUCAUCCAUCCAUCGAAUUCUGCUUCGCGUUCCAAAAUCAUAAGAAAAGUCGCUCAUUUGUGUCGUUGAUUGCGUUGAAUUUGUCAACCUAAAAUGGGACAAAACCAGUCGGCCGGAAGCGGCGGAGACAAGAAGGAUGACAAAGAUAAGAAGAAAAAGUACGAACCACCGAUCCCGACCCGGGUCGGUAAGAAAAAGCGCAAGGCUAAGGGUCCGGAUGCGGCCAUGAAGCUGCCCCUGGUAACACCGCAUACUCGGUGCCGUUUGAAGCUGCUGAAGUUGGAACGAAUCAAGGACUAUCUGCUGAUGGAGGAGGAAUUUAUUCGUAACCAGGAGCGUCUUAAGCCCCAGGAUGAAAAGAAUGAAGAGGAACGUUCCAAGGUCGACGAUCUGAGAGGAACUCCGAUGUCGGUUGGAAACUUGGAGGAAAUUAUUGACGAUAAUCAUGCAAUCGUUUCGACGUCCGUGGGUAGUGAGCAUUACGUGAGCAUCCUUUCGUUUGUCGAUAAGGAUCAACUCGAGCCUGGGUGCUCGGUUCUGUUGAAUCACAAAGUGCACGCCGUUGUUGGUGUUCUCGGGGACGAUACGGACCCUAUGGUGACCGUAAUGAAACUCGAGAAAGCACCACAGGAAACGUAUGCUGAUAUUGGUGGAUUGGAUACGCAAAUUCAGGAAAUCAAAGAGUCUGUUGAGUUGCCGCUUACCCAUCCAGAAUAUUAUGAAGAGAUGGGUAUUAAGCCACCGAAAGGUGUCAUCCUGUACGGACCUCCAGGAACGGGAAAAACUCUUCUGGCCAAGGCUGUAGCCAAUCAAACUUCAGCCACUUUCCUGCGCGUUGUCGGUUCUGAACUGAUUCAAAAAUAUUUGGGAGAUGGGCCGAAGUUGGUCCGCGAGCUUUUCCGUGUUGCGGAGGAACACGCGCCGUCUAUAGUUUUUAUUGAUGAAAUUGAUGCUGUCGGUACGAAACGCUACGAUUCCAAUUCUGGUGGAGAACGGGAAAUCCAAAGAACUAUGCUGGAGCUUCUAAAUCAACUGGAUGGUUUCGAUUCACGUGGGGAUGUGAAAGUUAUUAUGGCAACCAAUCGUAUAGAAACUUUGGAUCCUGCACUGAUUCGGCCAGGCCGGAUUGAUCGUAAAAUUGAGUUCCCACUGCCGGACGAGAAGACGAAGCGGCGUAUCUUUAAUAUUCACACCGCCAGGAUGACCCUGGCGGAGGAUGUGAAUUUGUCGGAGUUGAUUAUGGCCAAGGAUGAUCUGUCGGGUGCCGAUAUUAAGGCCAUCUGUACCGAGGCGGGACUGAUGGCGCUUCGCGAGCGCAGGAUGAAGGUUACGAAUGAAGACUUUAAGAAAUCGAAGGAAAGUGUUCUCUAUCGCAAGAAGGAGGGUACACCGGAAGGUUUAUACUUGUAAUUUGUAGGCAUGGCGUCUUUGUGUGAUCAGUAUGAAUCAAUAAAAUUCUCUGAAAAUGUA